AUGCCGAACUACAUGGGCGUACUCCUGAUGGUCGAUGUCUGGACCAAGUAUGUUGGUGUCGAACCUCUGCGUAACAAGAAUGCUGGUGUGAUUGGUACAAUCCUGGCUCGAUUCCUUUCCAACCUUUCCUACUUUGAUGCUGUGGAAGUUAGCUAUGACAAUGAACCAGUUUUGAGUGCAGGUGUCAACAUGACCGAGGUGAUCCGUUCCAACCAAGGACUUCCGAUGACGCCUCAACCUGGAAAGAUGUACUCCAAAUCCCGCACGGGUUUGGCAGAGAGAACAAUCCAAACAGUCAGAGCGCAAGGAAAAUGUUUGGUUGCAGUCCUGGAGGACAAGAUGCAGAUGAAGAUUCCAGAGGAUCAUGUGUUGCGUGGAUGGGCAAUGAUUCAUGCUGGUUGGUUGCUGAAUCGUUGUCAUCUGACUUCAGGAAAAGGUGUGACUGCCUACAUGGCUUACACCUUGGAUUCUCUGCGAAAGACCUAUCAAUGUCAAUGGAGAAGAAGAUGUUGGAUGACAAAGGAUGAAGCAGACCAUGACAUUGUGGUGGUUGGUGAAGUUGAACCAGAACGAGACAUUGACGAGGAGGCGGUGAUCAAAUAUGCCAAAAAUCACUUAGAUGAAAACAAAGAGGAAGCAGGUGAACCUCUACUUCCUCGACAAGAACUUCAAGCAGUGGACAACCAACUACCUGAAAUCUCCGAUGCAGAAUUUGAAGGAAUGAUAGCCGAGGCAGCGAAAAGAGACCGUGAACGGGAGCUAGCACUUCCUAUGGUUUCGAAACAGCGUGUGGCAGACCCUGAAGGAGUCAAAAGACCCACAGGAAAUCAACCUUCAACACAGGCAAAAUUUGUGAAGUUUGACCACACCAAGAGUGAGGAGCAGAAGGCCAAGCACUCUCGUACUGGUGGCAUGUUCAGCCCAACUUUUGCAGGUGAUAAGAUUUCAAGUCCUACGGCAGCAACAUCAAGUCCCUCUACUACAACUGGUCAUGUACGCAGAAUCACUGAGGAGAUUGAGCUGUAUGAUGAGGAUGAAAUUGAAGAAAAAAUCCCACUUGAAACAUGGGAUUGGGACGUCAAUGAUCAAUUGCUGGAUGGUGACUUCUCAGAGCACGAGAUUUCCGAGGUGGACAAGGCCAAAAGAGGAUCCCACAAUGAGAAUGCAGGACCUCCUCAAGUUAGCGCUGAAGAGCUGGCUUACCUGGACAAACAGGCCAUGUACGCUGAGUUGGAAAGAUUGAGACAAUUGGAAGUCAUCAGUGAUGUGUAA